CUGGGACCAUCUGUUCUAGCUGGAUUGGGUGUAAUGGUGCUGUUGAUGCCAGUAAGUGGGUUUAUAGCUGCGAAACAAAGAAAAUAUCAGAUAAGCCAAAUGAAACUGAAAGAUCAAAGAAUAAAAUUAAUGAAUGAAGUUUUAAAUGGAAUAAAGGUUUUAAAAUUGUAUGCAUGGGAGUUGUCAUUUCAAGCAAAGAUUCUGGAUAUAAGAAAUCAAGAACUGGAUAUUUUAAAAAAAUCUGCAUGGCUUAAUGCCUUUGGUACUUUUACUUGGACAUGUGCACCAUUUUUGGUUACAUUAGCAACAUUUGCUACAUACAUUUUAUCAUCUGACCAAAAUUAUCUUGAUGCGCAAAAAGCCUUUGUUUCCUUGUCAUUGUUUAACAUAUUAAGAUUUCCAAUGAAUCUUCUACCUAUGCUACUUUCCUUCAUUGUUCAGGCAAAUGUUUCAGUGAGUAGAAUUGGUAAAUAUUUGCGACAUCAUGAUCUUGAUCCCAAUAGUGUU